GGGCCCGGCCAUAUGGAUGUGAUUUCUCCGCUCCGAGGCAGACGGGCAGCUCCGCAGCGCUCGGCGCCCGCCCGCCGCCCGCCCGGCCCCCGGCUGCCUCCCUUCCUCCUCCCUCUUUCCUUUACACUCGUUCACUCGCUAGCCCUCGGCGCAUGGGCCCCGCGCCGGGCCCCGGGGCCUCGGCCCGCCGGCCCGCCGGGGUACCCUAGGCCCGGGCGUGGGCGGGGCAGCCCGGCUGACGCAGCUCUGUACCCCACCACCAUCACCAGGGCCGGCGGCGGCGGCUGCCCCGAGGGACAGGGCCCUAGGCGGUGGCUAUGGGGGCCGCCCGGAUCGCGCCCGGCCUGGCGCUCCUGCUCUGCUGCCCGGUGCUCAGCUCCGCAUAUGCGCUGGUGGACGCAGAUGACGUCAUGACCAAAGAGGAGCAGAUCCUCCUGCUGCACCGCGCUCAGGCCCAGUGCGAGAAGCGGCUCAAAGAAGUCCUGCAGAGGCCAGCUGACAUAAUGGAAACAGAUAGAGGAUGGGCAUCUGCGUCCACAUCAGGGAAGCCGAGGAAAGAGAAGGCAUCUGGGAAACUCUACCCUGAAUCCGAGGAGGACAGGGAAGUGCUCCCUGGCACGCGCAGAGGACGCCCCUGCCUGCCUGAGUGGGACCACAUCCUAUGCUGGCCAUUGGGUGCACCGGGUGAGGUGGUGGCCAUGCCCUGUCCUGACUACAUUUACGACUUCAAUCACAAAGGCUAUGCCUAUCGGCGCUGUGACCGAAAUGGCAGCUGGGAGCUGGUGCCUGGGCACAACCGGACAUGGGCCAACUACAGCGAGUGCGUCAAGUUUCUGACCAAUGAGACUCGUGAACGGGAGGUGUUUGACCGCCUGGGCAUGAUCUACACCGUGGGCUACUCCGUCUCGCUAGCUUCCCUCACCGUGGCUGUGCUCAUCCUGGCUUACUUCAGGCGGUUGCACUGCACACGCAACUACAUCCACAUGCACCUGUUCCUGUCUUUUAUGCUACGUGCCGUGAGCAUCUUCGUCAAGGACGCGGUGCUCUACUCUGGCGCCACCCUCGAUGAGGCCGAGCGCCUCACCGAGGAAGAGCUGCGCGCCAUCGCCCAGGCCCCUCCGCCGCCCGCCGCCGCAGCCGCCGGCUACGCUGGCUGCCGGGUGGCUGUGACCUUCUUCCUUUACUUCCUGGCCACCAACUACUACUGGAUUCUGGUGGAGGGGCUGUACCUGCACAGCCUCAUCUUCAUGGCCUUCUUCUCAGAGAAGAAGUACCUGUGGGGCUUCACGGUCUUCGGCUGGGGUCUGCCCGCUGUCUUCGUGGCUGUGUGGGUCGGUGUGAGAGCCACCCUGGCCAACACUGGGUGCUGGGACUUGAGCUCCGGGAACAAGAAGUGGAUCAUCCAGGUGCCCAUCCUGGCCUCCAUUGUGCUCAACUUCAUCCUCUUCAUCAAUAUUGUCCGGGUACUCGCCACCAAGCUGCGGGAAACCAAUGCCGGCCGGUGUGACACGCGGCAGCAGUACCGGAAGCUGCUGAAAUCCACGCUGGUGCUCAUGCCGCUCUUCGGUGUCCACUACAUCGUCUUCAUGGCCACACCAUACACCGAGGUCUCAGGGACGCUCUGGCAAGUCCAGAUGCACUACGAGAUGCUCUUCAACUCCUUCCAGGGAUUUUUUGUCGCCAUCAUAUACUGUUUCUGCAAUGGUGAGGUACAGGCCGAGAUCAAGAAGUCCUGGAGCCGCUGGACACUGGCACUGGAUUUCAAGCGCAAGGCACGGAGUGGGAGCAGCAGCUACAGCUAUGGUCCGAUGGUGUCUCACACGAGUGUGACCAAUGUGGGCCCCCGUACGGGACUCGGCCUGCCCCUCAGCCCCCGUCUACUGCCCGCUGCCACCGCCAAUGGCCACCCCCAGCUGCCCAGCCACACCAAGCCAGGGACCCCGGCCCUCCAGACCACACCACCAGCUGUGGCCGCUCCCAAGGAUGACGGGUUCCUCAACGGCUCCUGCUCAGGGCUGGAUGAGGAGGCCUCGGCCCGGGAGCGGCCCCCCGCCCUGCUGCAGGAGGAGUGGGAGACAGUCAUGUGAUCGGGGGCCCGAGGGUUGGACCUAUGGACGUAAAGGGUGGAUAGACGGACCAAGAAACGGGUGGUUGGACGGUUGCCCACUCAGGGCUGGGCUGGGAGGACAAAACAGGAAAAAAAAAAAAAAAGAAAAAAGGGAAAAGGAAGCAGUGUGUGGCUUCCUAUGGUCUGAGCUGGGGACUCACUCCAGGAGGGAAGGGGGCUGGGAACCAUGGGUCACUUCUGGACGCUCCACUCAGGAGGGGGGUCUAGGAACCAUGGCCAGUCCCUGGGGUCGGGGCAUAGUCCAGCACAAAGGGCCUGGGAGAGGCCAUUGUCUGGGUCAAGAGGCUCAAGUUUGCUGUCACACAGUGACCCAGUGGACCCAUCCAGGAGUUGCCAUCAGUUGCUACUUCAACUGCUCCCCGCAAUUGUACCCAGUCCCCAUAGGGGGCUCAGGCUGCCUUUGGUCCAGGCUCCCCUAAGCUAACUCUCUAUCUGCUCGUCCCCAGUCACUGUCCACCAGGGCUGACAGCAGAUCCCUUGGUUCCCUGAACACAUAACCCAAGCCUGAGGCCCCUGCUACCGGCCCUUUCCUGCCUGUCUGAUGGCCAUGCUGUGCCUCCUGGAAGCCGGGGCAUUCAGGGAGCCCUCCACUCAUGACCUCCAGCCCCGACCCUGGACCUGACUCAUCUCUAGCAACCAGACAGAAGGUGCAGGGGGAGUGCCGGGGCCAUCACGUGAAAGUUGAGCUGGGGUCUGUGUUCUGGCUCAGGAACUGUCAGGAAAGCAGAGGUCUGGACCCAGAGCGCUGGCUGGGGGGGUCUGUAAGCCUCGCACAUCCAUUACUAUGGACCUCAGAUGGCCGUGAGCAUCGCCCCGACACCCACCCACCACCUUACUCGCCCCUUUGGCCCCUGCACAGCCCAGUCUUGGGCCCUAGAAUGGCACAGGCCCUCCUCAGCCUGACACUCUGAGAAGUCACUCACCUGUGCUCCCUGUGUCCCCCUGUGCUCUGGCCAGAACGAGCUUGCCUGGACUGAAGGUGGCCCUGCCUCUGAGCUGGUGCCCCAGCCUGUCCCCUCCUUCCGCUCAUCUCCAGCUCAAACGGUGGUGUUCCGCUCCACAGACUCAGCAUCCGGGAAGUACUCCCGUCUCCACCAGCACCCUCCCCGCCUUUGGGGGCUAGGUGACAGGUCAUGAGGCCAGGGUCACAAGCUGACAUUGGCGUGGUAGCGUGGGCAUAAGACCCAGCCCCACCUGUCCCUCCAGAUAGUGGGCGGGGCAAACAACUGUCCAAAGGCCUGGUGCAGCCUUGGAGCUCCACGUGGCAUGACCUGCUUGGGAUGGUGUGAGAAAGGCUCAGGCCAGGACCUGAAGGGCCACGGACCCAGGCUGAGUAUCAAGAAAUCCUGUGAAUGCCAGAAGUCCUAGAGGGAGAGCCACAUUUAGAAGAGUCCCUGUUCUAAUGUAGAGACCAGAGGAGGUCACACAG